CGACAUCACCCCCUUCGACAGGAGGGAGGGCCCCUCCCUCGAUACGUCCCUCACCGUGAGAGCGCGGGCUUGCCUCCGGCGUUUCUGCGUCGCCUCAUACCCAGUCGGGAGCCCGCGCGCGCCUCCGGCGGCUCGGGCUCGGCGAAAAGUCCGUCGAGAAAGGAAAAAGGGCCCCUUCCCCGCUUCUCCAGCCGCCGAGCGAAAGGGCACGCUACCCUCGCCGCAUGACUCGCCGAAUAAGCCCACGCGCUCCACCAGCGGCGCGCCCCCUUCUGAGUAAACGG